AUGAUUCUAUUUUCAGCUAUUUCCAAAGGAUCUCUAAUAUUAUGUGAAUAUACUGAAUCAAAUGAAGAUUUCUAGUCAUUAAUUUUGAAAUAGCUCAAAUUCAUUAAAAAUAAUGAAGAGAAACAACAAUUUCAAAUUGUAUUUCAAAUCCUUAUUUUAUCCUAGAAUGAGUACACGUUGUAUCACCUACAAAAAAACCAAUAUAAUUUUAUGUGUUUAUUGCAACAGCCAGAAAAUAGUGUUAUCGAAGAUUAGAAAACAUUUGCCUACUAGUUUCUUUAAGACAUUGCAGAUCAAUUUUAAUUGAUGACUCAGUCCUAAGGAAUAGACAAGGGCCAAUUCACUAAGGUGAUUGCAGAAAUUAUGGUUUAAUAUAAUUAAAAAACUGAAAACCACGUUGGCCAAUUAAAACAAGAAAUUUAAGAAAUACAAACUCACUAAGAAAUCAACACAUAAAAUAUGUAUCAGGAACCUAAAGGCAUUUCUAAAAAAGAGCAUUUCGGUUACAGCAUUUAUACCUGUAAAUCAAUCUUCUUUGUUAUUAACUUAUUUCUAGCUGGAAUGCUUGUUGAAUUAUUUACUAAAUUUGAUAAAUAUUUAUGA